AUGGCCCCGCAGCUGGCGGCCACCGCGGCAGCGCCCCCUGCGGCGGCGCCGCCGCCAGCGGAGAGCGGCAGCGGCCGCUUCUUCUAUCCAGACGGCUCGACGUAUGAGGGAGACUACCGCGUCGUCAACGUGCUGCCUGCGGCACCAGAGGGGCCGCGUAAAAGCAGCGCUAAGAAGAAGGAGGAGGAGGCCGCGGCGGCGCCUGCGGAGCCGCCGAAACGCGUGCGGCACGGCAACGGAACAUACACCUGCGGCGCCUACAGCUACGCGGGGGACUGGCAGGAGGACGCCAUGCAGGGGCAGGGGCGCUUCCAGUUUGCGAGCGGCGCUGUGUACAUGGGGGCGUGGCUCGCGAACAAGUACGAGGGCUUUGGGCGAUACACGUGGCCGGACGGGAAGCACUACGAGGGCGCGUGGGUGGGUGGCCGCAUGCACGGCGAGGGCGCUUUUGUGGACGCAGAGGGGCGGCGGUGGUGUGGCCAGUUCAUGAACGGCUCUGGCCCCGGCCUAACCUUCCAGCUGUGA